GGCUGGUUCUAUCACCCUCUUGGGAGCCCAGCUCUUCACCUAGCUCUCCGGCGCUUUCCAAAAUCUGCAGUUAACAAAAAUCGAGCAACGCCACGUCGCACAAACAGGACAGGAGGGGGCGAGGGGUGUGUGCGCGCGCGUGCUAUCCCCACAUGGAUGAGAAAUGAGGGAAAGGAGGGGUUGGGGACCGUGUGAUGAAGUAACAUGCUAGGCCCGGGACAAGCCCGGCUCCGGCCUCGGGUCUGUAGGGACAAGGCUGGGGGCCGGGUGGCGCGGCGCCCGGGUCCCGGCUGGCAGACGGGGCCUCUGGUCUUCCCCUAGCGCGAGGGUCGUGGCGGGAAGCGGGCACAGGGCGCGCGCUCCGAGCCUCCUCCCCGCCCCGCCCAAGGGUCUUCCUCUCCCGGGAUUCAGAGCGGCCCCUCCUCCAGGCCAGGCUCGCCGCGGGGCGCUGAGCAGGCCGGGACACCGCGGCCGAGGUUAUCGUUAGGCAUCUCCCAGGCGACCGGCUCCGCAGCAAGAUGGCGGACGAGAAAGACAGGCAAGAGAUAAUAGUAGCAGAAUUUCACAAAAAAAUCAAAGAGGCAUUUGAAGUGUUUGACCAUGAGUCGAAUAAUACAGUGGAUGUGAGAGAGAUUGGAACAAUUAUCAGGUCAUUAGGAUGCUGCCCUACUGAAGGAGAGCUGCAUGAUCUGAUUGCAGAGGUAGAGGAAGAAGAACCCACUGGAUACAUUCGAUUCGAAAAAUUUCUUCCGGUGAUGACAGAAAUACUACUAGAAAGAAAAUACAGACCAAUUCCAGAAGAUGUCCUUCUUCGAGCUUUUGAGGUUUUAGAUUCAGCUAAACGUGGAUUUCUUACUAAGGACGAACUGAUCAAGUAUAUGACUGAAGAAGGUUCUGUCUCCUCUGCUCACUCCCCGCUGCUGAGGGUCGGUAGAAAGGGGGGUGACACACUCCCACCCCGUCCUUGUCCCACUGUGGUCUCCCCCAACGCAUCAGUGCCUGCACCUUCCAGGCUCCGGAAAGACGAUGUGCCCCUUCUGCUUUGGAAAAUCGCAACUCUCAGAAGACCAACAGAAAUGCAUGUAGAAAAUGAUGGAAAUUACUGGGUAUCAGAGGACACGAUGACCUGAACGAGCAAGAAGAUGGUGGGGGCCGGGGGUAGGGUGGAAGCCAGCUAGGACUCGGUAGUGACAAAUGCAUAACUAUUUGCUUAUUUUCAGUGCCUUUUGCUUCAAAUGAGAGGUUUCUGCUCUCCCACGGUGAAGUGUGAGGCAUAAAUCCUGCUUCAUUAUGGGGAACUUCCAGGGGGGUGGCACAGAGCCCAGGAGUCCCUGUGGCAUGAUGAGGGGGAAGUUGGGAAAGAGAAGCAGAAAGAAAAUGGAAGGGGGCCAAACGCAGGAGGUGUGAGGAGGAAAGCCAAGGAAGACGAGGGGAGAGGGAUGAUAAAACGGAGGGAGAGGCCAGGCGCGGGGGCUCACACCUGUAAUCCUGGCACUUCAGAAGGCUGAUGCAGGAGGAUUGCUUGAGCCCAGAAGAUUGAGACCAGCAUGGGCAACAUGGUGAAACCCCGUCUUUACAAAAAAUAUAUAUAUAUACAAAAAUUAGCUGGGCAGGGUGGCAUGCACCUGUAGUUCAAGCUACUUGGGAGGCUGAGGGGGGAGGGUCACUUAAGCCCAGGAGGUCAAGGCUGUAGUGAGCCGUGAUCACGCCAUGCACCUCUAGGCUGAGCAACGGGGUGAAACCCUGCCUCAAAAAAACAAAAAAACAAAAAAACCGGGAAUGAGAGGUAGGGUCUAAUAGGUAGGAGGCUGGCCCAGGAAACGAGUCGGGGUGUUAUUUUGUGCACUGAUGCAAUGGGUUAACACAUCAGUUUCCUAAGGCUGUCAGGGUGAGUUGCCACAAACGUGAUGCCUCGAAACAGAAAUCCAAAAUCCAGGUGGCAGCAGGGCCAUGCUCUCCCCUAGGUCCUAGGGGAGGAUCCCCCUCGUCCUUGCCUCUCCAGCUACUGCCGGGCCCAGGCAUUCUUCGUCUUGCAGCUGCGUCACUCCCGUCCCUGCCUCUCUGCCUUCACAGGACCUUUUCUCCUGCGUUUCUCCGCGGUGUCUGUGUGUCUCCAAUCUCCCUCUUCUUUCUCUUAUAAGGACACUAGUCACUGGAUCUAGGGUCCACCCUAAGUCCAGGAUGAUCUUAUCUCAAGAUCCUUAAUUUCAUCUAGAAAACCCUAUUUCCAAAUAAGAUCACAUUCACAGGUACUGGGGGCCAUGGACUGAAUGUGUCCCCCCAGAAUUCCUAUGCUGAAAUCCUAAUCCCUGUGUGACAGUAUUUGGAGGCGGGGCCUUUAGGAGGUGAUUACGCUGUGAGAGUGGAGCCCUCAUGAAUGGGAUCAUUGCCUUUAUGAGAAGAGGCUGGAGACCCACCACGUGAGGAUACUGGGGGAAGGUAGUGCUCUUGAGCCCAGAAGCAGGUCCUCGCCAGAACUGACCAUGCUAGCACCUUGAUCUUGGAUUUGUAGCCUCCAGACGGUGAGAGACGACUGUUUGCUGUUUAAGCCACCCAGUUGGCAUUUCUUAUAACAGCCCUAAGUGAUAACUGAUUUGGGUGCCCCUAUUCAACCCUUGUUUUGACUUAGAUGACAUUCUCUACAGGGAAAAUUUCUUAGGACUAUUGGACAAAAUACAAAGUUCUUUUCUUGCUUUUUGGUUUUGCAAAAAAAAGAAAGAUGAAUGGGUCAAUGAGAACAUCUGAAAAGUCUGGAGUAUCACUGAGGAAAUAGAGGGCGAUCGAGAACCCGAAAGUGAAUGGAAACCUACGAUAGAAGUGAGAUAUACUUUUCUGUUGUCACCUCAUCGGACUGUGUGUGAUGACACAAAUGCCAAUAGCCGGCAAACAGCGAGGAAACGAACAUGAUCCUGACAGUCUCAGAAGUGCCCACACUGAAUGAUUUUUAAGUUGAGUAUCUGACUAAAAUAAAUAAUUGCCUCAUUGCUUUGUUGAUUUAACCAACUCUGAAGCCUAAAAGACACGUGUCAGGCCCCGUGAGGGGAACCAGUAGGAAUGUGGGCGAAUGGCGUCCUUGGAGAGUUCAUGGUCUGAUAGGAGAGAAGGAUUUUAUAGGAAAUCACAGCCACAAGAAAGGAGCCCACACGAGACAGCUGUGGGGGUUUGGGGAAGAAGAUAGUGCACCCAGUUGGAGAUAUCAGAGAGGGCUUCCUGGAGGAGGUGGCACUGGACCUGGCAUGGUAGGAGGAAGGAUCUGAAUGAAUAUGUGGUGAGAGGAGGAAGGCCAUUCUGGGCAAAGGCAAAACAGAGGUGGGAGGGGGCGAGCUCGUCAGGCAGUAAUUAGUCAUUCAGUUUGGUUGGACCUUAGAGUCUGUGGACAAGAGUAGCGGAGAUUAAACAUAGUGGGGUUAUUCCGGGGCUGGCUCCAGGAGGGCCUUGAAGGCCAUGCAGAGUUGAUGCCACAGACCCAUGGGAGAGAAGGCCCAGCUCACAGAGAAGCUCCAGGGGCUGGAGAUAGUCAGAGAGAGCUCCUCCAAAACGCCUGAUGUGCCCUGGGACAUCUCUCCUACCCUGGAACUGAUGCUCUAGACAAUGAGAACUUCUAACGCUCUGAGCAGGGAAUGUCACCUCCAAGCUGCACUCCAGGAAAGAUUCAUCUGCAGUUCCUUUUAAGACUUAACAGGAGGCCAGGCAUGGUGGCUCAUGCCUGGAAUCCCAGCACUUUGGGAAGCCAAGGCAGGCAGGUCACCUGAGGUCAGGAGUUCAAGACCAGCCUGACCAACAUGGUGAAUUCCUGUCUCUACUAAAAAUACAAAAAUUAGCCGGGUGCGGUGGUGCACACCUGUAAUCCCAGCUACUUGGGAGGCUGAGGCAGGAGAAUCGCUUGAACCUGGGAGGUGGAGGCUGCAGUGUGCUGGGAUCUCACCACUGCAUUCUCCAGCCUUGGUGACAGAGUGAGAUUCCAUCUCAAAAACAAACAAACAAAAGACCACUUAAUGGGGAUGGGACAAAUUUCAUGGGGCACUACUGCCAUCUCCCCAGUUAUGUGGAACUGAGGGCUGACCAAGCGGGGUGGCUGUGGGAAGAGGAAAGAAGCAAGCCAUGGGCUCUGAGCGCCUGCUUGUGAAGCAGGGAAUGAGCUGUCUGGCGCUGGUGGGGCCGGGCACAGGGAGAAGCUUUUCUGGCUGGAUGUUCACUCCUUGUUUGGGUUAAGAUAAUGUGUGUGCGAUUGUCUCAGCCUCUCAUCUCACAGGAGUUCCCAGUGCACUGCUGAUCCAGAGGGUGCGCAGAUCCGUGCUUGAGACACUCAUCUGUUCUCUGAUACUCCUCCCUCGUCUGUUCUCUGUUUUCCCUACACUGGCAGAGGGGAGGAUGAAUAUCCAUGGCCCCUCAUUUCCUUCGUUUGGAUGAUGGAAAGAUGAAAAUGUUUCAGCAUCUCUUGUUGACAUGUGAGCUGAAGUAAGGCCUGAAGAAUUCUCUGCCCACCGAGAGCUGGGCCAGUGUGUGGGGUGUGGCAGAGACAGAAGAGACGGGAAGCUGGACAUCCCGUGGACUCGUGUGUCAGCUCAACUUCUACCAAGCAUUCCAUUCCCCUGCUCAGGCCCCAAGUCUCAGAAUCAUCCUUGCCUCCCUUCUUUCUCCCUCUCCCUCCUCAUCCAAUCCGCCAAAUCCUACCUUCACAAUAUGGCCAGUCAGCAUGGGUGAACCUUGAGGACAUUAUGCUAAGGGAAUAAGGCAGUUCCCAAAGGACCAACACUGUGUGAUUCCACUUAUCUCAAAUACCUCGGGGAGUCAGAUUCCUAGAGACAGAGAGUGGAAUGCAGAUGCCAGGGGGUCUGGGGAGGGGAAAAUGGGGGGUUACUGCUUAAUGGGUACAAAGUUUCAGUUCUGCAAGAUGAAAUGAGCUCUGGAGAUGGAUGGGGGUGAUGGGUGCAUGACAAUGAGAACGUAUGUAAUACCACUCAGUGUACAC